CGAACCUUCAGCUUAGCAGUUGUAAGGGGAAACACGCAAAAAUGGCCGAGACUCUGACUCUGCGCGCUACCCUGAAGGGCCACGCCAACUGGGUGACGGCCAUCGCCACCCCUCUGGACCCCACGUCCAACACUCUCCUGUCUGCUUCUCGCGACAAGACCGUGCUGGUCUGGGAGCUGGAGCGCUCUGAGUCCAACUAUGGCUACGCCAAGAAGUCUCUGCGCGGCCACAGCCACUUCGUGCAGGACGUCGUCAUCUCCUCUGACGGCCAGUUCUGCCUGACUGGCUCGUGGGACGGCACCCUGCGCCUGUGGGACCUGAACACCGGCUCCACCACCCGCCGCUUCGUGGGCCACACCAAGGAUGUCCUGUCCGUUGCCUUCUCGGUGGACAACCGCCAGAUCGUGUCGGGCUCCCGCGACAAGACCAUCAAGCUGUGGAACACCCUGGGCGAGUGCAAGUACACCAUCGGCGAGCCCGAGGGCCACACCGAGUGGGUGUCCUGCGUGCGCUUCUCCCCCAUGACCAACAACCCCAUCAUCGUCUCCGGUGGCUGGGACAAGAUGGUCAAGGUGUGGAACCUGACCAACUGCAAGCUCAAGAACAACCUGAUCGGCCACACCGGCUACGUCAACACCGUGACCGUGUCGCCCGACGGCUCCCUGUGCGCUUCCGGCGGCAAGGACGGCGUCGCCAUGCUGUGGGACCUGGCUGAGGGCAAGCGCCUGUACAGCCUGGACGCCGGCGAUGUCAUCCACUGCCUGUGCUUCUCGCCCAACCGCUACUGGCUGUGCGCUGCCACCCAGUCCACCAUCAAGAUCUGGGACCUGGAGAGCAAGAGCAUCGUGGACGACCUCCGCGUGGACUUCUCCAGCACCAUCACCAGCAAGAAGGCCCAGGUGCCCUACUGCGUGUCGCUGGCCUGGUCGGCCGACGGCUCCACCCUCUACUCGGGCUACACCGACGGCCAGAUCCGCGUCUGGGCCGUUGGCCACUCCCUGUAAACGGGGUGUGCGGGAUGAGCUCGUGACUGGGGAGGCUGCCCGGCGCCGGCGCCGGCUGCAGUCGCCUGGGCAUCGGCCUAGCUGUUGCUGUACGUGAUGGCGGGCUGUUUGUAACAGUUGGUUGCUCCC